UGGCGAGCAAUUAGUAUGGGGCUGUAUAAAUUGUUGCAACCAUCGGAGAUCUUCGAAAGCCACGAAAUGGAGCAGUGCAUCGCCUGGAUUUUUGCCUUGCUAUGCAUUCUGCACUCCCUUCGAGGAACUCGGAGCACCACCUACGAGGUACUGGGCGAUGACAAGACCUUGGAUAUUGUGUGCGAUGCUUCCGAGGAUAGGGGCAACACACCGAUUCGACAGAUUUUGGACAUUAGCGGCUUGACUGUCGAUAUGGCCGCCGAUCUGGAGACCCUGUACUUCAAUGGCGACAUCAAGGUGCUGAUUGAUGUGCCCAACAAUCCGAUGGAAAUGGAGGUCGAUGUAUUCCGCUGGGAGCGCAGCGAGUGGAUUCCCACCACGCUUGCCAUGAAGAGGAACAACUUCUGCAAGUCCUUGUCAAAUCCCAUGGAACUCUGGUAUCCCGUAUUUAUGAAAGUACCCAAGGAGGAGAUGAUUUGUCCGCCGAAAAAGGGGCACGUCUACAGGCUGGCCAAUGUGAGCAACCACGUGUUUUUGAGGAAUAUGCCCCGUGCGAACAUCGCCGGAGAUGCGAAGGCCGUGGUCCAUCUGACCUCGGGAGAUAUGAAGACCUGUGCGGUGAUCUUCUUCAAGAUCUACGCCUCGGACGAUUGACACUUGGGAUGGGAACGGGAACGGGCACGGGCAAGUGUGGGUACUGCACCCCUGACACUGGCCCAGUGGAUCUCGACGGGAUCCCACUGUUUGCCCACUUUAUAGUUUGUACUUUAUGGUAGCCGGCUGCUCUGGUUUUAUGGCCUGAUUUGGUGGUGUUUGCUCGGCUUCAAUGGCGCGUCCCACCGUUUAUGGCGCUAGCUAAAUGAUUUGCAAAUAAAGCGAAAUAUUUCAUAUUCAUGCACCCGAAACAGAAUUCUUGUCACUCCUUUCCAGCUUCCCAGUCAGUGGGUCUUCUCUUCUUUUUUCAUUUCCAUUUUUCGGUUAUUUCUGGUGGCGCUGGCGAUAUAAGCCCGGCACUCGAAAUGGGAACUUAGCCCAGUAAUCCGCUUCUGGUAUUUGCCAAAGGAUCACAUGCGGCGCCAUCCCCAGAUCACAGUCCACAUCCCCAUCCGCAUCCAUCUCCCCAUCAGCGUCCAAAUUCGCUGAACUCAUUCGCAAUUACGCGUGACGAUUGCUACGUACAUAUAAGGUGAUUUCCCCCC